UGCGGCGCUAUUGUUCUUGUUGAAAUUAGGUAGAUGAUAUGAGAAAGGCAAAAUGAGAUCUUUGCACCACAAUCGGGAACAGAAGAAUACCAUCUGGCUGAGGAUUGGGAAUAGAUUGUUGGACCAUGUAUGCAAUACUGGUAAGAUAGGUGUUGGUUUUGCUGAUGAUGAAUCAAGUACUAUUCUGAGUACUCAAUGGAUACCGUGCUUAUCAAACUCCACCAUCAACAAGGAAACCUAUGCCGACUAUAGGGACUCUGCGGAAGCAAGUGUGGAUGCGCUGCGCUGGGAAGGCUUCCUAAUUGGAUGCGAUAAACUUCAGCUCUACUCCCCCGGUGAGAAAAAGUUUCUGUCGGCAGAAAGGAAAGACGUCAAGAUUUCCAAAGAUUUGAUAGACAACAGCUGGGUGAACAUUGAACCAGUGCCUGACAUUCUAGCCUUCCUGCCGUCAACGAUGAACCCUGCGCAGCUGCUGGAGAUCCCCACCGCACCCCAAUCUCAGUCACAGCUUCUUGAUAAUGCUUUAGAUGAGGUUUGCAAUGGGGCGACAUAUGUGAGCAUAGAUGUGCUUGAGAACAGUACUAAUAGCAAAAUAGCGGCAGUUCAAGAUAACGGUUGCGGAAUGACUCCCGAUAAGAUGCGCCAAUGCAUUUCUCUUGGCUAUUCGGCAAAGAGCAAGAUGGCAAACACAAUCGGGCAAUAUGGUAAUGGGGUUUUCCAAUGCAGAGCACAUCAAUUACGCAAGAGGGCAUAUAUAUUGAUCUUCGGAUUGAUCGACACAUGCAAGUUAAAGCAUGCUGAGGUGGUCGAUCCUCCCCAACUCGACUUUAAUCUGCAACUCCUCAAGAGGAGAAUACCGAGAAGAAAGAAAAUAACCAAGUGACAAAUGAUAGGCCAGAAAGUCACGAUAGGGAUACCAUGGUGAAUGCAGAACGUCAUUUAAGUGAAAACCAUGGUGCAGCAAUUCUUAUUUCACCAACGGAGAAAGGACGCACCAAUGUAUGUUCCUACCGGCAUGGCAAGAGUACCUACCCCAAAGAUUGAGAUUGAGAGUGCAGUUUUCCUAGCUAAUAAAAUCAUAAAAUCAGCAUAUUCUUCAUUCAUCUUAGUGAACAUUUGAUGGCUUUGGGGAUGAAUCAGCAAUAGCUGUACAUUAAGCUGUUUUCUUUAUAUGGAUCAUAUCUUGUACAACUUUAUUAUUUAGUUGGUCUAUUAUUCUUAUAGUGUGUAUUAGAUUUUAUGUAGUUAUGAGAUCGAUGU